AUGCACGGAAGCCGGCAAAGUGACGGACUUGAAUUUUCAUUACAAGUUUUUGAGCAAAGUCCAGGGCCUCCAGGAUCAUGUCACAAGCCUACGCAGUUUGGAUCUCUCCUCGAACAACAUCAGGGUCAUCGAGAACCUGGGGCCCAUGAUGAAGCUGCGAGAGUUGAAGCUGGACAGCUGUCAGAUUUCGCGCAUUCAAGGGCUGGAGAAAUGUCCCAGUCUCAUCUCUCUACACUUAGAGGACAACGAAAUCAGCUGCGUGGAAGGCUUGACUGUGUGCAUUCGCUUGCGCCUGUUUGUCUUGCUGGCUCUCUCCUCGCUCUCUCUCUCUCUCUCUCUCUCUCUCUCUCUCUCUCUCUCUCUCUCUUCCUCCCUCCUCGCUCUCGCUCUCGCUCUCGCUCUCGCUCUCGCUCUCGCUCUCGCGCUCUCUCUCUCUCUCUCUCUCUCUCUAUUUAUAUGUUUAUGAGCGUAAACACACUUAUGUCAAUGUGUUCUAUACUUCUCUAUAUGUGA